AUGAUAAAAAGACUGCACAACAACAACCUACUCUACAAGUACGAGAAAAUUUUUAACGGCUGGUUGAAGGAAAACAUCAUAGAAAUAGUUCCUAAAGAGGAAAUAAGCAAUCCAAGUUUUUACUUACCACACAGCCCAGUUAUUAAAGAAGAUAGCACAACUCGCAUUCGACCAAUUUUUGAUGCGUCAGUUAAAAGUAAAAAUCAACCUUCCUUGAAUCAAUGUUUAGAAGCUGGACCUAAUUUAAUAGAACUCAUUCCAUCAAUACUUUUACGAUUCAGAGAAAAUAAAAUUGAUAUAACAGCCGAUAUCCAGAAAGCGUUUUUACAGAUAAGCAUAGCGUCGGAAGAGCGUGAUGUCACGAGGUCUUUAUGGAGACACACGCAGAAACCAGAGGAGUUAAUAAUAUAUCGUCAUUGUCGUAUAGUCUUCGGAAUCACUAGCAGUCCAUUUCUAUUAGGAGCUACUAUGAAUCUCCAUUUAGAACGAACCCUAGAGGAAACUCAAGACAUCUAUAGUAAAGGCAUUGUUCAGAAAUUGAAGCAGUCCUUCUGUGUAGAUAAUUGCAUUACCAGCGCCAAAUCUAUAGAGGAAGCGAUUAUAUUUAAGGAGAAUGCAAUCUCAAUUUUAGCCGAAAGUAAUUUCGACCUGAGGGGAUGGCAACUAUCAGACAUGUCAAGUUCCAGCAAGUUCCCAGUACUCAGACUGAUAUGA